AUCUUGCUUGACACCCAUGAUGAGAGAAGUAGGAGAUCAGAAGAGGUAGAGGACAAGCAAGUCAAAGCUGCAGUAAGGUCUUGGAUCGAAGGAUCCUUGUGUGACCGCGAAAGCUAUGUAUGGUAGGCAAGAAGAAGGAACGAUAUAGGGAAACUCAAAAGUGAUCAAGAGGAGCAGGCUUUACCAGGAGGACGGGAAACGAAAGUGCAAAGCAGGGCUGGCAACGUCGUCAUGGACUUUGUAAUCUUCUUCCCCUUUCCCCUUCCCCUCCGUCUGAUUCUUGCCUGCUGCCGUUUGAGAGCAAACCCCACCUCUACUUUCGCCUGGCCUCGGCUCGAGUGCAAGGAGCUGCCCGAUUUUUUGGAGUUCAGACGGCAACGCAGCAAUCGCGAGGCUGGUGAAGGGCGAUCGAGCAGUCGGGCCUUCUCCCAAAUCAAGCACAUGCUCACUCAAUGGGCAACACCUCGCUUCUCCACUUUUUCUUUGUAUCCUUGCAGGUCCAAGAAAAGGCAUAGUGCAACUCGCCCCCACCUCGGCUCGUUGAAGCGUCCCUUGAGGCUGCCUGUCUGGUGCCGAUUCGCGACGCGGAGUUGAGCGACCCCGAUGGCACGGUAGCCCUGCAUAUGAGCGGCACCUCUUUGUCUAAAAAGAGUGGCGCAGAGGCUGUAUAUUACCGAAGGCCGAGGGCUCCGCCAGCCAGAGGGGUAAACAAGCAGGACGAAG